AUCUUCCGCCAAAUACCAAACCACAACAACCAUGGACACAGCACAACUGCCACUCGGCCCCCAACCCGACCGUCACAAGCGCUCUGAUCGAGAAAGAAGCCACAAAUCGCGCCGCUCGCGAUCCCCACGCCGCGAUGACGACCGACACGGGGACAAAAAGCAUCGUUCGCACCGCCUGCACCGCUCGCGUUCCCCACGUGCGAAGUCGGUGAAGCUGCCUUACUCAGCCAAGUCACUGUCCAAGCACGAUUUCAAUGGAUACAAGCCGCUAUUCCAGUCGUAUUUGGACAUACAAAAGCACAUUCAGCUCGACGAACUGGACGAGCGGGAAGCGCGCGGGCGGUGGAAGAGCUUCGUGUCGAAAUGGAACCACGGAGAUCUAGCGCGCAGCUGGUACGAUCCCUCGAUGCUCAAGACUGCACAGGACACAGUAGAAGCGUAUCGUGCGCGCUCAAGGUCACCAAGACCAGGCCAGCGUGAGUCGCCGGCGUAUGAACAGCGCGCAGCCGACCCAGCACAGAGACCGGGCAAUCCGAAGUCCGACGAUAGCGACGACGAGUUCGGGCCUGCGCCGCCUACACACCUAACCCACCAGGGUCACGGACCCACGAUCCCGCGCUUCGACGACCUGACGCACCGCAACGAGCUGCGCGACGAAGAGAACGCGCGCAAUCGCUCAACACAUGCAGACGACGUGCGCUACGAGCGCAAAGCUGAGCGCAAGACACAGAAAGAACGCAUGGAGGAGCUCGCACCGCGCGCCGACCCCGGUUCUCGCGAGCGCCAACUCGAGAAGAAGCGUGAGACGACGAGCACGUUGCAGUCUUUUCGCGACGCUAAGGAGGGCGGGGACGUGGAGAUGGGAGAGAGCGAGCUCAUGGGCGAUGAUGGUAUCGAGGGGUACAAGGCCAAGAUGAAGGCGGGUGAGCGCGUGAAGAAUGAGCGUGAGGUCCGCCGGGAGGAGAUCGCGCGGGCGAGGGCGGCGGAACGUGAGGAGGCGUUGAGCGCAAGGAGGGCGAAGGAGGCGCAGACGAUGGAUUUCUUGAAGCAGAUUGCCAAGGAGCGCUUUGGGUGAGUUGUCGUGAGGUGGAGGCACGAGCCUACUCGUCGUCCAGUAUCGAGUUUGCCAAAGGGCCGAAGAAAGGUACUUCGUAUCGAUCGAGUGUCGCUGCGUCCAAGUACGCCCUCCAAGUCAACCACCCAAUCAACCCCACAUCCCCAACCACCAUCAGCCAACUAAUGAAGCUCGACCAACUGAAGAUGACGUGCACCACGAAGAUGAAAGCAAACAGCAGACUACUCUGCCACGCAUGGAACCUCACAUAAUCACUCUGAUGUUCCAUGACCAGCAGCAACACUCCUCCCGCUGGCGGCAAGAGCAAGUACGCCA